ACCAAUCUGAGUGUAAAUCGCUGCAGUUUAGAAACCAAGUGAGGAGACAGGUUGGAGUAUUCCGUGUCGGUGAAGAGGGAGUUGACUUUAGUCUUUCCCGUUACCCAGAGGCUAGGGCUCACCCGUUCGAAGCUCCUGUCUGACUGGGACCCUGGGAGGAUGGAGCAGAGUCUAGCCCACAAACGAGCCCUGGUUACGGGCGCUGGGAAAGGCAUUGGAAGAGCCAUUGCUAAGGCCUUACUAGAAUGUGGUGCAGAAGUUAUUGCAUUAAGCAGGACACAAUCUGACUUGGAUAGCCUUGUUCAGGAGUCCCCUAAGAUGUUGACUAUUUGUGUGGACAUCAGCAUUUGGGAAGCCACGGAAAAAUCUCUGAAAGAUAUAGGCCGUAUAGACCUUUUAGUGAACAAUGCUGCAGUUGCCAUUUUGCAGCCCUUCCUAAGUGCCACAGAGGAUGCAUUUGAUAAAGUAUUUGACGUUAAUGUGAAAGCACUGUUGCAUAUUUCACAGAUAAUUGCAAAGGGGAUGAUGUGUCGUGGAGAAGGUGGUUCUAUUGUGAACAUCUCCAGUCAGGCAUCCAAGUGUGCUUUGAGAGAUCAUGCUGUAUACUGUGCCUCAAAAGGAGCUGUGGACAUGCUAACGAAAGUGAUGGCACUUGAGUUGGGACCGCACAAGAUCCGAGUGAAUGCAGUAAACCCCACAGUAGUGAUGACUGCAAUGGGUCGGAUUGGAUGGAGUGACCCAGCAAAAGCAGCAGGAAUGUUGUCCCGUAUCCCACUGGGUAGAUUUGCAGAGGUAGAAGAUGUGGUGAAUACAAUAAUCUUCCUCCUCAGUGACAAGAGUGCAAUGAUAAAUGGAGUGACUCUACCUGUGGAUGGAGGAUUCCUUUCUUCAUGAAUUAGUCUUUUUUAGUAGAAUUGGUAAAAUAGUCCCCACAAUGUUGCUAAAGAUGUGUGUCCUGUAAUAGCUGGUUCAUUAAAAAUCCUUAUCAGAUCA